CAAAAAUUAUAUUAGUCGUAAAACAAAAAAUCAUAAAUCGCUGGUUUAAUAUAAAAAUACAAAAGUAGAGAAUUAGCGUAGUGAAAAAUAUCGGAAAAUUGUUAAAAUACGUACGGUGGAGAGUUAAACUUUCCACGCGAAAAUAAGCAUAUCGACACGCAAACGGGCAGGAAGUGGCAGCGAAGGGCCAGCAGGUGGUACGUUUCGGCAGAAAAUUCAUAAGAGUUGCACACACACACACAUACGCUUGCCAACAUAUAUAUAUACAUAUAUAUAUAUAUAUAUAUAUAUACAUAAAGGCAGCAGUAACAAAAACACGCCAAUACCCAAGCUUAGACAGCAAAAUCGUCUACAUACAUAUGUCAACAUACGAGUAUAUUACAUACACGCCAACAAAUAUGCAUACAGUAAUGUACAUAUAAACGUUCGAAGGGAGACGCAGAGUGCAGUGCAGUAGUUGAUUAGGUUGACGUUCGCACGCUCACACGCUCGCACACAUUUGCACAUUCGCCAACCAACACGCUCGCCACAACGCUAUAUAAACGUAUUCGUGUACAAUCGGUUGUACGGUUAUAUUGCUGCAAUUCGUCGCGUAAAUGAUUGCAUACAUACCUAAAUACGUCCAACGGAGGAUGUGGCAGCAGAAACACAAGAGCAGGUGUCAGGAUCUAAAAGAGCAAAAACAACAACAUACCAAAAAGAUAACAGGCAAUAAAGUCUCGAUUAACGCGCAAAAAUUAUCAAGCAGAAAUAAAACCAGACAACAACAACAACAAUCGCAGUAGUAAAUUAAAAAAAAAAAAUAAAUAAAUAAAAAACAAAUUAAAAAAAUUGAGCAACCGAAAAACCGUAAAAAUUCGCCAAAAUGCCAUACGAAUCCAUGCACCAUCAUCAGUCAUCAGCGCCCAACGGCAUGUUGGACUCAUUGAGUUUGCAGCUCCGUGAUGCGGAGAUGCGUCGCACUGAAAUCGAGCGCGCACACCAGGAAACAUUGGCACAAAUACGCAAUUUGUCGAGCAGCAGUCGCCCGGAUGCGGAAGCUGUGGAGAAUUUACAGUCGCGUGCGCGUGAACUUGAGAAAAAAGUGGCUUUGGAGAAUGUUCGCUGCGAGGAAUUGCAAAUUGAACUGACGUCCGCCUUGAAGUCAAAAUCAGCGCGCUCUGGUGGUGGUGUACGUAGCAAUUAUGGCGACAUUAUGGCAUCUAGCGCUAGUGCCUCUUCAGCUGCCGUCACAUCGGGCACAAGUUCCACUGUCACAUGGGCACCGACAAUCAGUCAUCAGGACCAAGGAUCUGAAAUUGAUAUCAUUAUGGCGAAAAUCGAACAGGAUAAUCGCGUACUGGCCGAAUUGGAACAACCACGCACAUCGGCCAUGGGCAUGUCUACGAUGCCAACAAGUUCCAUAUUGAAUACCGCAAAUAGCGAAUUUAAAACCAUAUCAAAAAAUGAACUAGAAGAAGAACUGAAUCGUUAUAAGCGAGCAGUGUUGGGCGGCACAAGCGGCACCGCCGUCGGUAGUUCUGCGCUCACCAGUAGCUAUGGUACCGCAGCCACCACCGGUGCUGGUGGUUUACCAUCAUCGCUUACCUCCACAUUACCGAAUGGCGCUGGCGCCAUGUCAGCUGCAUUAGUUGGUAGUGGAUGUAGUAGCGGUAUUGGUGUUGGUGGUGGUGGCGGUAGUGGCGGCAGUGGACCAGGUGGCGGUGGUGGUGGCGGCGGUGGCGGUGGUGUUAUGGGCCUAUCAUCCAUAUCAACGCUGGUGCCCAACUCCAUUGGCGGUAUAUCGUCGAGUUUGAGCAGUCAUGCCAUACAAUCGAUGAACGCGGCCGCGUCCGCCUAUGGCGCUGGUCCCACGUCCGUUGAGAAACUGCUAAGUGGAACAAGUGGAAUUGCAGGCGGCAUUCCACCAUUGCCGGUAAAUAUUCAUACGAUGAAGUCUAUGCCAUCAGCAUUAAGUCAGCGUGGCACAAUACAACUGUACAAUUUACAGAGCACAACCAUGCCCAUCUUAUCGCUGAACGCGCAUAAUAUACCGACCGGCACCAGCAGUUACUCGGCACUGGGGCUUAGCGGUGCCGGUACCGGCGGUGUGCCACCAUUAGGCUCCUCGUUAACACACCCCACCUUGGGCAAUAUGCUUGACACGAGCACUCUGCUGGGCACUACUGGUCUAACGGGUCUGAGCGGCGUGACGGGCGCUUCAUCACUGUAUGGUUUGGGUGCGAGCGCCGGUAUUAGUGGUUUAAGUGGCUUAACUGCCGGCCUGCCAAAUUCAUAUCCCCCACCGUUUAUAGAUGUUGGCUCGAGCGCCUCAUAUCCUUACUCCACGGCUGCAUUACGUACUGCUACGAAAAUGAAAAUGCUCGAUGAGAUUGAUAUACCACUGACGCGUUAUGGCAAUCGGAGUUCACCAUGCUCACCGAUACCGCCCAGUACAUGGGGACUGGAUGAAUUUACGGAUAGUUUGAGUGCGUCAAUGUUACAUAAUCGUGGCAAUUUGGCACUGGGCGCAUUGGAUUUGGAAACGCGCAAUCAUAAUUUGAAUGGCAUAAGUGAACCACAAGUGGAUAUGUUGGACAUACCGGGCAAGGGACGUUGCUGUGUUUUCAUAGCGCGAUUUCCAUAUGAUCCACCUGAGGUUAAUUUACCCCUUAAUAGGGAAGCUGAAGGUGAAUUAUCGCUGUGCGCUGGUGAUUAUUUGCUUGUUUGGACUAGUGGCGAACCGCAAGGUGGCUAUUUGGAUGCAGAGUUGUUGGAUGGUAGACGCGGACUGGUGCCUGCCUCGUUUGUACAACGUUUGAUUGGCGAUGAUCUCUUGGAAUUCCAUCAAGCUGUACUUUCAACAUUACGUGAUGCUGAAGAUGGCUCCAUGCAAUGUGACACCACUUCGUUACCCUCGCUGCCACCACAUAAUCCUUUGCUCACACACACCCAGGAGGAUUUAGCGCGUUUGAGUGAGACGCACACUGAUUUGGAACAUGAUCAAGAUGAUAUAAGUGAUAAUGUUCCAGCGCCAAAGCACUUAACUCUCGAACGGCAGUUGAAUAAAAGUGUGCUCAUCGGUUGGUCACCACCUGAGCCGGUUGGUUACAAUCUAAUUGAUAGCUAUCAUGUCUAUGUGGAUGGUGUACUGAAAGUAACGGUAAAAGCUAAUGAGCGCACACGAGCGCUUAUAGAAGGCGUAGACUCGAAUAGGCCGCAUCGUAUUAGCGUUCGCAGUGUUACACAAAAUCGCCAGACAUCACGUGAUGCCGCAUGCACAAUGAUUAUAGGACGCGAUACCUCGCAUUUGGGUCCAUCAGCAGUACGUGCUUCACAUAUAACGUGCUCAUCGGCGGUCAUAUCAUGGUUACCGGCCAACUCUAAUCAUCAGCAUGUAGUGUGUGUGAAUAAUGUGGAAGUGCGUACCGUUAAGCCGGGCGUCUAUCGACACACCAUUACCGGGCUGGCCCCGAGCACACAAUAUCGUGUUACUGUACGUGCUAAGCAUUUGCGCGCAGCCGGUGGACAACCAACACCGGGUCGGCCACAAGAGGAAGCACCGGGUGCGUAUGCUGACUUCCGCACAUUGACUAAGGGUUUGCCCGAUCCGCCGCAGGAUAUCCAACUUGAGGCUGGUCCUCAAGAUGGUACCAUUUUGGUGACAUGGCAGCCGGUUAACCGGCCAACAUCUUCUGGCCCCGUAACCGGCUAUGCUGUGUACGCCGAUGGUAAAAAAGUGACGGACAUUAAUUCACCAACUGGGGAUCACGCUCUCAUCGAUAUCGGCAAAUUGGGCGUAUUCAAUCCGCGUGCAGUCACCAUACGCACCAAAUCGCGAGACGCACAAUCGGCCGAUAGUGCACCAAUACUAAUACCAAAUAACGUGCGCAGUGCAGUCGGCCGUCGAGGACCUCAACAAAUGGGCAUGGGACCGCAACAAAUGCAGGCCGGCCCGCACGGUAUGCCCGGCCAAAUGGGCAUGCCUGGUCAACAGCAACAACAGCAGCAUAUGAUGGGCCAGGAUCCGCACCAAUAUGAUCCGAAUCAGCAAAUGCAACCGGGCCAACAGCAACAGCAGCCGGGACAGCAACAGCCUGGGCAGCCCGGACAACAGCCUGACGGAAGCCAUGGCUUAUUAGGUGGGCUGCUCGGUGGCCUCUUCUCAAAACCCACUACUCAGAGUCAAGUGAAUCAGAAUGUCAAUGGCUAUCAACCGGGUACAGGGCAACGUCCUAUGAUGCAGGGCCGACCACCAGGUCAGCAAAUGAUGGGCGGCCAACAGCCUGGCCAGCCACCGUACGGUCCUCAAGGCCAAAUGGGUGCUCAGCGUUUUCCCGGCCAGCGUGGACCGACGCCGGGUCAGUUGCAAGGUCAAAUGCAGGGUCAGAUGCCCGGCCAAAUGCCCGGCCAGAUGCAGGGUCAGAUGCAGGGACAAAUGCCCGGCCAAAUGCAAGGCCAAAUGCCUGGACAAAUGCCCGGUCAAAUGCAAGGCCAGAUGCCCGGUCAGAUGCAGGGUCAAAUGCCCGGACAGAUGCAGGGACAAAUGCAGGGUGCCAUGGGUCCGCGUGGACCGCUUAAUCCACAACAGCAAAUGCAGCAGACACAACAGCAGCAACAACAACAACAACAACAACAGCAACAGCAACAAGCGCAAAUGGGUAUGGGUCCCGGGCAACAGCCGUUAACCCAACAACAGCAACAGCAACAACAAUUGGCAGCACAAAAGAAGCCAAGAUAUUUCGUUGCUAUGUUCGACUAUGAUCCAAGCACAAUGAGUCCCAAUCCAGACGGAUGCGACGAAGAACUGCCAUUCCAAGAAGGUGACACAAUCAAGGUUUAUGGUGAUAAAGACGCCGAUGGUUUUUACUGGGGCGAAUUACGCGGUCGGCGUGGUUACGUGCCUCAUAAUAUGGUAACCGAAGUGGAUGACGGUACCGGUGGUAUGGGUCAAAUGCCCGGCGGUCCACCACAACCCGGUGGGCCGGGUCAAGUGAUGCCCGGUCAGGGUGGCCCUCAGCAGAGUAUGCGCAAUGUUAGUCGCGAUCGUUGGGGCGACAUUUAUGCUAAUAUGCCGGUGAAACGUAUGAUAGCGCUGUAUGAUUACGAUCCGCAAGAGUUGAGUCCGAACGUGGACGCCGAACAAGUGGAAUUGAGCUUCAAAACGGGUGAGAUAAUACUCGUUUAUGGUGAUAUGGAUGAAGAUGGUUUCUAUAUGGGUGAAUUGGACGGUAUACGUGGACUCGUACCGUCGAAUUUCCUCGCCGAUGCACCCGAUCAGUACAACAAUCAAAUGGGACCGGCUGGACGGGGUGGCCUAAGUCAGAGGGGUAGAGGACAAGGCCCCGGCGCUAGGGGGCCACCACCACCGCCGAGAGACAAUAUGAUGCCCGGCAUGACCGGGCAACGUGGUCCGACAGGCAAAAUUGAAGAUGCUCGCCCUGCUUCCCCUACACUGUUAGACAACACGGGCCUCCCUGCCCCCGAUCACCAAACGCAGGGGAUGAUCGGUCACGGUGGUAAUGUUGGUAUGCAGCAACAACUUCAACAACAGCAACAACAACAACCUUAUGGUCAGCAACAGACGCAACAACAGCAACAACAAAUGGGUAUGGGUCAAAUGGGUCAACAGCAACAACCGGGUAUGAUGGGUCAACAACAACAGCCGAUGGGUCAAAUGGGUCAGAUGGGACAGUUGACGCCGCAACAACAACAGCAGCAGCAGCAGCAACAGCAACAGCAAAUGGGAAUGGGUGGACAACAGAUGGGACAAAUGGGUCAAAUGGGUGCGAUGGGCCAACAACAACAGCAACAGCAGCAGCCUGGCAUGAUGGGCGGUCAACAGCAAAUGGGUAUGGGCGGUAUGCCAGGGCAGCAACAACAACAACAGCCGCCUGUAACAACACAGGCAUCUGGCGGUUUAUUCUCCGGCGCUACAAGCCUACUCUCAGGUGCUACUUCGGCUGCCACCGGUGGUCUAUUUGGUUCGAAACAACCACCGAAACAAGAUCCAAUGCAACCACCAAUGGGUGGGCAGCCAACGCAGCCAGGCCAACAACAGCCACCGCCGCAAGGGCAACAGCCACCGCCACAGGGACAGGGACCUGGGGCGGGGCUGUUGGGCGGACUGAAGGGUAUUGCUGCGGCGGCGCCCGGUGGCGAUGUAUUGUCAAAAGGCAAAGAUCUCUUCGGCAAAUUCGGAUUCGGCUUCGGCAAAUAACCCCGGUCAUUUUGUAGUACAUUUCUAUAUAUACUGUAUUUAAAUUUGUAUUUAUUAUUAUUAUUAUUAUUAACUA